UGUUACAAUCCGUUCUCAGGCUCAAUAUUCAAAUAAGCAUCCUCUGACACAGGCAAGACAAAAACGAACACCUCAAACUAUUUUAAAAAUUAAAUUUGUCGUCAUUUCUUUCGAAAAUUAAAAUCUGGCAACACUGUCUCACAUCAGCGCCAUAUUAGCGCGCACUUGAAAGGAGAAGUUUGGUGUGUUUUGAAAGUUUUGCUUUUCGUUUCAUCCCACCGCAGAAAUAUGGGCCUGAUGUCAGAUUGUCAAACUUAUUUUCAGACGAAGAAUCUAUACGAGAUUUUAAACGUUGAAAAAGAUGCCAGUAACGAUCAAAUAAAAAAGGCCUACAGAUUACUGUCUUUGAAAGUUCACCCAGAUCAUGCUGAAGAAGAAAAAAAAGAAGAAUCAACAAGAAGAUUUCAAACAUUGGCUAAAAUAUAUUUAAUCUUAUCUGAUGAAGACAGAAGAAAAAUAUAUGAUGAAACAGGGAGUGCUGAUGAUGAGGAUUGCUAUUUGGAAGAUAGGGACUGGUAUGCUUACUGGCGUUCUUUAUUUCCUCGAAUAACAGAUGAAGAUAUAAAGUCUUACCUUACAAAGUAUAAAGGAUCUGAAGAAGAGCUAAAUGAUAUAAAAGAAUACUAUCUAAAAUAUGAAGGGGACCUGAAUAAGAUCAGUCAGUGUGUCAUUGGUUAUGAAACAGAGAGAGAUAGAUAUAUAGAAAUUAUCAGAGAUAUGAUAAGUAAAGAAGAAGUUCCAGAAUUUAAAAAAUUUACACAACAGUGUAAGAAACAGCAGAAAAACAAGUAUAAAAAGGAGGCCAAGGAAGCAGAAAAGAUGAAGAGAAAGUUGUGCAUGGGAGGCAAUAAAUCUCUAGAAGAGAUGAUUGGUAACAAUAGGAUACAGAGAGAGGGGAGGUUUGACCACAUGCUUGCCGAUUUGGAAAAGAAAUACUGUAAACCACCACCUGCGAAGAAGAGAAGGAAACAGUAGAUCAAUCCGAAAUUCUUCAGAAAACCAUAGUU